AUGGCUUUCACUCGUUCUUACCAUCUGCUACUGACGCUGCUAUUGGCGUUUAUCGGCUCCCUCAUCUGGUUCUCUUGGGACUUACAAGACUCCAUUCCAUCAUGGACCAAUGUGCGAAACAAUCACUGCUCGUGCGGACCAGACGCAUCUCCCGAUAAAACCUUCGAGGCUAGUCCCAACGCUACUCCUUCAACUCUUGUAUCCUCAUCAUCCGAGCCGACGCCCGCCCCUGCUACCCAAGACCUGUCGCUCUUUCCGCUCCCAGAGCCGCUCCCUCGCGACCAGCUGGACAUCGUCCCUUUCCCCGCCAAAGUAUGGCAAAAAGCCGGAUCUCACGGCGUCGACGACGCGCGCAUCCCCGACCUCAAAUCCUGGCAAAAAGUCAAUCCCGACCUGCGCCAAGAAAUCCUGACCGAUGGCGCCGGCGACCACUACGUGCGCGAUAAUUACGCCGCCUACCCCGACCUUCUGAACCUCUACCUCUCGCUAAAUGUGCCCAUUCUCAAAGCCGACCUGCUCCGCCACCUGAUCUUGUACGCCGAGGGAGGCAUCUGGAGCGACCUCGACGUCACAUGCGAGCUGCCGGUCGACACCUGGAUUCCGGAAGAAUACCGUAACCGCACCAACGUGGUAUUCGCGAGCUGGACCGUCAUGGCCAAGCCGCGCACCAGCCACAUUGCUGCCGUGAUCCGGUAUGUGGUGAACGAGCUGGAGGCGUCGGCCGACGACUACAACACCACGAUCGCCGGGCUCACGAUGCAGACUAUUAGCGACGUGGUCGAUGUGACGGGGCCGCAGGCUAUGACGAGGGCCAUUCUGGGGAAUUUGGAAGCAGAGCUCAAGACCCCGGUUGGCCGGCCGAAUAUCUCGAGCCUAUCUGAGCCUCGCCUCAUUGGCGAUGUUCUUAUUCUUCCUAACGCAGCGUUCUCUGCGACUCAGGCCGGUUACCCGAAGGAUCGCGGGCCGUACCUGGUGACGCAUCACUAUGCGGGUUCUUGGAAGAAUACCAAGGGUGGAGAGGCUGAUAAGGAGGUGAAGCAAGAGCCUGAGGUUGUGGUGGUCGAGGUGCCGGAGGUCAAAGAAGAAAGUAAGCCAGUAGAUGCGGUGGCACCUCCGCAAGUGACAGGUGAAAAGAAGACAACAGAGCUGGAGGGGAUGAAGGGACCUGAUGAAGAGAUUAUCCAUGUGCAUGGCGCCGCUAGUGACACGACAACUGCAGUAUGA